ACUCCGUGCGGGAGGAGCACAUCAGGCAAUGCCUUUAAGAACAGCGCCACAUGACAAAGUGUCAAAUUUACUUAAGAGCGGAUUCCUUUCUGUGGAGUGGAACUGAAUAUAUGAAAAGGAUCUUUUUGCUUCAAUGUGUGUGACAGAGGAGUCUGGUGUUUUCCAUUGUCAAACACUUACCAGAUGACCAUCCUUGUGUCAACCCUGAUUCAGAGCAAAGCUAAGUUGCAGGUAAAGUGUCUGUGUGUCCUUAUGUUCCUGAGCUUCCCUCUGACUAUGGCUGAGGUCCCUGGUCCAUGCAGACACUCCAUCACGAGGGAGCACCUGCUGACAGUCAGGCAUCUGAUGGACAACCAGCUGAGGAGUGGGUGCUCGAUAACCUACACAUUCAUAGAACGGAGAACUUUGAGCAAAUGUUGCUUUGUAAAAGCUGCUUUACCCUGGAUCCUGGAGCUCCUCACAACCCACUUCAAAUACAGCAGGGGUUCAGUCAAUGAUGGCUACGUUCAGACCCUGAGAGCGCUCAUCCUCAACAUCUACUCUCAGAAAUGUGUGCCUCAGAUCAAUGAGGAGGUUGAGGACAAGCCAGAGAGUUUUGAGAUGCUCUACCAAGGGUCAACUUCAGAGGCACUGCAGAGGGCUUCAGAGGUUCUGUCUGUGUACUGGGAGCUGAUGAUGACGAGCGAUGCACCAGUGGACUGGAGAUGCCAGCAGGAAUACACAGAAACCUUUGGCUCUACCACAGACCUAUACACAGAAUCAACCACACAAUAUUUCACAGACAGUUAUGGUAGGAACUCAGUGAGGGCCUCGCAGAGAAGACCAGUCAGAGACCUGUACAAGCUUGGCUUCAUCAUCGUCUCCAUCUGCGGAGGACUACUGUUCAUACUCACUCUCUACUGUCUCGUCACACAAAAGAGAACUCACAUCCCUCACAGAUCAAGAUCAUACACAAACUCAAGCAGAGAGCUGCAGGACUUGGAGAUGGAGCCAUAAUAAUGUAUUAAAGGCCACAUCGCUGCAGCGGCUGAUGGAGCACUUGUGAAGCUGCACAUUUUAUCCAUCAUGACCAAGUUUUCAUAUCAGUAUUGUGUGUGUGUCAUGUGUCAUGCUCACCUAUUUAAUCAGAAGCUUGGCUUUGACUGAGAGCAAAUAUGGUCCUUAUUUGGAAUAAUAAUGUAUAUUAUGUUUAUGCGUUAUGUAUUGCAGAUAUCUUUUCACUAAAAGUUUUAUUUUUACACUAGUUAUGUAUGUUGAAUAAUGUGUGUCCAUUUGCUACCACUUAACCAACUGUUUGUAACAUUUUCCACAAGUUAUUUAUUAGUCUGCCUCUAUUCAAACACCGAACUGAUAAUAAAGAUUCCAUCAGUACCAAAUCCAAAAUAUAUCGCUCUUCAGCUGUCCAGCUAGCAGUGCAUUUAUAUACCAGCACAGCGAAAUCACAUGUAAAGAGCCGGCAAUGACCUCAUUAAAGGAUUUGGGCCACUUCA